GUGCUUAAAAACCCAGCGAAUGCCUGUUGUGAAAAGAGCUUAACUCUGUCUUUGUCAGUACUUGCGAAAACAACUUAAAAGAAGUUAGCAUUGUUGGACUGGAUUCAGUAAUUAGCAUAAUCGUGACGCUGCGUAUUGUUCACCAAGGCACGCCCCUGGGCCAAACUUCCCAUUAAGAGGACAGCAAAGUUGUCCUAGUGAAUAAACCCGGCACGCAGGAUGCCAGUCAGCGCGUUCCUGCCUGCUCGGCUGCAGUUAAUUUUAGCCAGGGUUAGUUCUAUGAGUUGUAAAACUGUUUACCAAGUAGAAGUCGGUGAGCUGAAAUGUGACUUCUCAGCCUGACGUGAUAGGAUGUCUAUUUUAGACUCCAGCUUGCGUUUAUGAUCUGGACACCGGUCUUCUGAAGAAUCGUGGCCCAGGGUUUUUUGAAACUGCUUGAGGAGACAUCACAGCUUUCCCAGAUUGGGAGGAAAAAUAUGGAAUGUGUUUUACCGCUGACUGAACAGAACCAAAUGAACUGUACUGACAGUAGUUUGAAAACCAGCAGUUAGCAGUUUGUUCAGGCUCCAACACUGUCCAGCACUUUCCAGAGCAAACGCAACACUGUUUACAAGAACUCUCGGCCUUACCAAGUUUAUAACCUCGAGCUUUGUUUAUUUAAAAUAUUUCAGCAAAAGAAAAGUACCUAAAAGCCACUUUCCAAAAUGGCCAUGGAGGAGUAUUUGUGGAUGGUCAUCUUGGGUUUCAUCAUAGCUUUUAUCUUGGCAUUUUCUGUCGGUGCAAAUGACGUGGCCAACUCGUUUGGGACUGCCGUGGGCUCUGGCGUGGUGACCCUGAGGCAGGCGUGCAUCCUGGCUUCGAUAUUUGAAACCACCGGCUCUGUAUUAUUGGGAGCCAAAGUAGGAGAGACCAUUCGGAAAGGCAUCAUUGAUGUGAACCUGUACAAUAAGACUGUGGAAACCCUGAUGGCCGGGGAAGUUAGUGCCAUGGUCGGCUCGGCUGUCUGGCAGCUGAUUGCGUCUUUCCUGAGACUUCCCAUCUCAGGAACCCACUGCAUUGUCGGGUCCACCAUCGGGUUCUCGCUCGUGGCCAUCGGUACGAAGGGAGUGCAGUGGAUGGAGCUGGUCAAGAUCGUUGCUUCUUGGUUCAUAUCCCCACUGCUGUCUGGUUUCAUGUCUGGCGUGCUGUUUGUGCUCAUCCGAAUUUUCAUCUUAAAUAAGGAGGACCCUGUUCCCAAUGGCCUCCGGGCCCUUCCGGUGUUCUAUGCUGCUACGAUAGCAAUAAAUGUCUUUUCCAUCAUGUACACAGGAGCCCCAGUGCUGGGCCUGGUCCUCCCCAUGUGGGCCAUAGCUCUCCUGUCCUUCGGAAUUGCUCUGGUGUUCGCCUUUUUCGUGUGGCUGGUUGUGUGUCCGUGGAUGCGGAGGAAAAUAGCAGGUAAAUUACAAAAAGAAGCUGCUUUAUCACGAGCCUCUGAUGAAAGCCUCAAUAAAGUUCAGGAAGCAGAGUCACCAGUAUUUAAAGAGCUGCCGGGGGCCAAGGCUAAUGACGACAGUGUCAUCCCACUCACUGGGGCAGCUGGAGAGACGUCCUCCGGGGCCUCUGAAGGCACAUCCGUGGGGAGCCACCCCCGGGUGGCAUACGGAAGGGCGCUUUCCAUGACUCCCGGCUCUGUAAAGUCACCCGUCUCCAAUGGCACCUUCGGCUUUGACGGCCACACGAGAAGUGACGGCCACGUGUACCACACCGUGCACAAAGACUCAGGGCUGUACAAAGACCUGCUGCACAGAAUCCACGUAGACCGGGGCCCUGAGGACAGGCCGGCCCCCGAGAGCAACGUGCGGCUCCUGCGACGUAACAACAGCUACACGUGCUACACGGCGGCCAUCUGCGGGGUGCCCAUGCACUCCACCUUCAGGGCUGCCGACGUGGCUGCCGCUGAGGACAGUGAGAAGCUGGUGGGGGACACUGUGUCCUACUCCAAGAAGAGACUCCGCUAUGACAGCUACUCGAGCUAUUGCAAUGCAGUGGCUGAAGCCGAGAUCGAGGCUGAGGAGGGCGGCGUGGAGAUGAAGCUGGCGUCCGAGCUGGCAGACCCCAACCGGCCGCAGGAGGACCCCGCAGAAGAGGAGAAGGAGGAGAAGGACACGGCGGAGGUCCACCUCCUGUUCCACUUCCUGCAGGUCCUCACCGCCUGUUUUGGAUCCUUUGCUCAUGGCGGCAACGAUGUGAGUAAUGCCAUUGGUCCCCUGGUGGCCUUGUGGCUGAUUUACGAACAAGGCGCAGUCAUGCAGGAAGCAGCCACCCCCGUCUGGCUGCUGUUCUAUGGAGGCGUCGGGAUCUGUAUGGGUCUCUGGGUUUGGGGGAGAAGAGUGAUCCAGACCAUGGGGAAAGACCUCACCCCCAUCACGCCAUCCAGUGGCUUCACGAUUGAGCUGGCCUCGGCCUUCACUGUGGUCAUCGCCUCCAACGUGGGCCUCCCCGUCAGCACUACACACUGCAAGGUGGGCUCGGUGGUAGCCGUGGGCUGGAUCCGCUCUAGGAAGGCUGUAGACUGGCGUCUCUUCCGGAACAUCUUUGUGGCCUGGUUUGUGACUGUGCCCGUGGCCGGGCUAUUCAGCGCUGCCAUCAUGGCACUCCUCAUGUAUGGGAUCCUGCCGUAUGUGUGACGUGUCUCCUCCCAGUCGGAGCAGCUAAAGGGAUGGUCUGGGGUGGUUGUGCGGGAGCAGUGUGCCCUCCUGGCGCACACAUGUCCUGACUGCAUGUGGCUGUCUCGUGACCAGCUCUCCACGUCCCUCUCUGGGGCACCACGCCACGCUGCUCACCCAGGCUGCGGAUCGUCUCCUCACAGAGCCGACUUACCUGCUGUACAUAAUCUGCGUUACACGGUAUCGUGGUGACAUACUGUGUGCAGUUACUUACAUAUUAAAUACGUAUUGUCCACAUAGAAUAGGUCCCGUUACUUCAGACAUAUUCAAGCUGGGAGUGGAGAUCAUUGCCUAGAAUUCAAUAUCCCGUAAAUCUUGUACAUAACAAUUUCAGUGGCAAAUUUUAAGAGCCUUUUAAAAGGAAUGUUUUGAUUGGAAAAUGAUUCUUUUCCAAAUGAUGUUUCCUGUCUGACAUACUGUAAACGAAGUAGAAACAGAGGCUCGACGCCAGCCUGGGGGUGCACGCAGGUGGGCGUGAUGCCAGGACGAGGUCACAAGUGCUUUCACUGAAGAAUUUGUUCAUAUACUGUGUAUGAUUAUCCUGUAAUAUAUCAUUAUGGCUUUUGUAAAUACUUAAAACUGUAAUUUUUUUAAUGGUGUGCUUCCCUUAUACUUUUCUGAUCAGAGAAUUUUGGAAAGUACCAAAGAAGCAGGGGAAUAGUUUGCCAGUAUUAUGUUUUCCCGUUGUCUGUCUCCCCGCACCCCGGGUCACUGCGGAGCAGGACUGCCAAGGGCCUGCCUGCCCCAGAGCAGCACAUGUGGCCCUCACCCACCAGCAGCACCGCUGCCGCCACACGCCACCCCCUGGGCAGCCCUGCAGUGGCCUUUCCCUUGUCACCAACGCAGAGAUGUGCAGACGUGAGGCUGUGUGGCUGACACUACAUAUCCAUCCAGUUUAAAUUUUCAUCCCUGUUCUCCCCGGCAGCCCCAAGAACAGACUUCUCAAGUCACACGUUAACACAGAUGAGGCCUUUUAUGUGCUUUGACAUUGUAGAAAUUCAGGGCAGGGGGGAAAGAGUUGAAAUAUUUGAAAAUACACUGGAUUUAAGGCGUUCCCUGAGGCCUCCGCUGUGCUGCAUGUCCCCAUGUUCUACUGUAGUCCCCUGGGUUCUCUUUUGAUAGCGGGAGGAAGUACGACUAAUGUUAGAGCCUGAAACUAUGGAAAUGCUGCUAAAAUUUUUAUAUUGACAAACAUUUUCUUGGUACUUCAUCAUGAUUUUUCAUUAAUCAACCAUAUUAAAUUUAUAAUAAAAAUGCCCCUCAAAUGUU